CUCUUUUGGAGGAUCACGAUCUAGCUUAGCUACAAUGAGCCUGGGAUUGUCUCAUGGCCUUGCCGGAUACAAACUAAAGUUCAGCUCUGAUGAAAAGGUGGAGACCAUUGUAAUCAAAGCUAUAGGAAAGCUUGAUGAUCUUGACGAAGAGCUUAACACUUACUCAACGGGGCUUCCUGAAUUGUACAAUUUGCAUUUUCCUGAGCUCGCUAAGAUCGUACAUGACAAAAUCCAAUAUGUCAAGGCUGUAAAGCUAAUGGGGAAUCGGAUUAAUGCACCAAAGCUAGACUUCUCUGAGAUAUUUUAUGUGUCCAAUUAA